AUGUUUAAGAAGUUGGCUCAAGUUAGGCCACCAGUUUUCAAGGGAGGUGUUGAUCCUACUUUUCUGGAAAACUGGAUUCGAGAGUUUGAUAAGUUAUUUGUGGCAUUGAAUUGUCCUGAGGGUAUGAAAGUUGACCAAGCUGCUAUGUACCUUAAGGAUGAGGCUGAUAUCUGGUGGAGAGAUAGUGCUGAAAUAGUUAAGGCCGAACCAAAUUUUGGGUGGGAAGUGUUCAAGACUGCAUUGAGGGAUAAGUUUUACCCCCCAUUUUUUAAGAAACAGAAGGCUCAAGAGUUUCUAAACAUAGAGAUGGGCCGAAUGUCAAUUUCAGAGUACUAUAAUAAGUUUAUGACCCUUGCUAGGUUUGCCCCUGAGGUUGUCCCGACUGAAGAACUAAAGGCUCAGAGGUUUGAACAAGUAUUAACCAAACAGUUACAGAAAGACCUAGCUUGGAAAGUCUUUAAGACCCUAGAUAAGGUAUAUGAGAGAGUUGCACACAUGUACCAUCUGAACUCUAGGGAUGUGGGAGAGAGUGCUAAGGUUGGGGAGAAAAGGAAGGACUUUGGGAAUUCUGAAAACCAAGGUAACCUCAAGAGGUUUAGGAAUGGGAACUCAUCUGAGAGGGGUAACCAGUAUGUUAGCAAUUCUUCUAAUGAUAGCAAUGGGGAGAGGAAAUUCUUUUGCAAGUGGUGUUGUAAGAACCACCCUGGGAAAGACUAUGAUGGGAAUUUAGUGACUUGUAGGUUUUGUAAUAAGAAAGGGUAUAGGGAGUAUGAGUGUUACACUAAACUGAACCAACAAGGGAAUAAUGGAAAUGGUGGAAGCAACCAACCGAGGUCUAGUAAUUCCUAUAAACAGGUAGAAAAGAGAAAUGGGCAGAGUGGUCAAUAUGGGAAGUUCGGGAAUGGAAACAACAAUGGAACAAUAGACCUGACAAUGGAAACAAUAACUCGGGCAAUGGCAACAAUGGUCACCAAGGAAAGAGCAACACUCCCGGGCGCUUGUCUGUGA